AUGGAUAAGAAGAAAGAGGUGGAUGACAUCGAACCUGGACCAUCUCAUUCCCGUUCUGUGGACAGAUUUGGUUUUAUAAAGGCGGAACAAAGUAACUCUCCUGAGGGAAUUGUGAGAAGCAGAUCCAUACAUGAACAUGAAAGGGAGGAAAGAAGGAUUAGAAAAUGGAGGAUGAUGAUAGGAGUUGGUGGUAGUGACUGGAGGCACUAUGUUACAAGAAAACCUCAUGUAGUUAAAAGAAGAAUAAGGAAAGGAAUUCCAGAUUGUCUUAGAGGACUUGUUUGGCAAUUGAUUUCAGGCAGCAGGGACCUCUUGCUAAUGAACCCUGGAGUUUAUGAGACCUUGGUCAUAUACGGGACAUCUUCAUCAGAAUUGGAAAUAAUCCGUGACAUAUCACGUACAUUUCCAUCUCACAUUUUCUUCCAACAGAGACAUGGCCCCGGUCAAAGAUCGUUGUAUAAUGUUUUGAAAGCAUACUCUGUUUAUGAUAGGGAUGUUGGAUAUGUGCAGGGAAUGGGAUUUAUUGCCGGGCUGCUUCUUCUUUAUAUGAGUGAGGAGGACGCAUUUUGGUUAAUAGUUGCUUUGCUGAAGGGAGCUGUCCAUGCACCAAUGGAAGGCUUGUAUCAGGCUGGUUUGCCGCUCGUGCAGCAAUACUUAUGUCAAUUCGAGAAUUUAGUUACAGAGCACAUGCCAAAGUUGGGACAAAACUUUCAAGAUGAAAUGAUAAACCCAAGCAUGUACGCGAGUCAAUGGUUUAUCACGGUUUUUUCGUAUUCUUUCCCAUUUCAUCUAACUCUCAGAGUUUGGGAUGUCUUCCUUUAUGAGGGUAUUAAAGUAGUGUUCCAAGUUGGACUGGCUCUAUUGCGAUUCUGCCAUGAUGACUUGGUAAAAUUGCCUUUCGAGAAACUUCUAUAUUCCUUGCGAAAUUUUCCGGAGGAGGCAACGGACCCAGAUACAUUAUUGCCACUUGCCUUUUCAUUUAAGGUGUCCAGCCGUCUGGUGGAGCUUGAGAAAGAGUACCGGAAAAGAUUGGAAGGACCCAGUGGAAGAUCAAGUAGUAAGCGUCUGCAGCCUCUCAAAUCAAAAGUAAUGAUGAGGGCUCGGAGCCACCUCUCGUCUAACUCUAAUGUUGGUAAAAAAUAACAAACAAACAUUGUGCUGUAAAGUGUGCCACCUUGUUGCAUGUACAUUGUAUACGACCAUUAUUCGUUCGUGCAUGCUUGCCGACACACAAAAGGUAUAGCUACAUUGCGAACCAACAGUUCCCGACGGGUGCUGGAAACCUGUAAAUAC